AUGAACGUUUAUAUUUGCGAAGGAUGCAAUUUAUUCUAUAAUUCAGCACUCAGAAAGCCUACUAUAUUAUCUUGUGGGCACGUAAUUUGCAAUCAGUGCAUAAAUAUUCAGAUUUCUAAAGAAGGAUCUUUCAAAUCCUGCCCUAUUAGUGACUCUUGUUCGAUUGAUGAGAAUUUCAAAAUGUUUCCUGUCAUACCAUUAAUGAAUAAUCUUGAAAAACUCAACACAAUCAACAUAAACUGCGAUACACAUCCUGACAAACUUGUUAAAAUAUACUGCAAAACAACUCAUUAGUUGCUCUGUAGAAUUUGCUCAACUGCAUGCCCAUGCAUUAAUCAGAAAAAUUCAGAACAUUAAAAUAUUUUGAGAAAAGACGUGGAAGAUUAUAUACAACAUAAAUAUCCCAUUCUUCAAAAUUUGCUCGAAAGAAUUUAAGUGAUCAUUAAAAGUCUCUCAUCAUAUCAAAACAAGGAUAAGAUGCUCAAAGCAAGUGAGUUUCUUGACUUAGUAACUCAAAUAAAUAAAUUCUAGAGCUCAGAUCAGCCAUUGGAAGAAUUGAGUUUAUUCCAUAACGAACUGCAGACAAAGAUGUCAACUUUUGAAAAUCUAGAAAAUAUUCAAAUUAACAUGCCAAUGCAACCAAAUGAAAAGUCUGUUGCUGAGUUAUGUAAAAUAAUAUCUGAAAAAGACAAGCCAAAGAAUUUCAGAGGAUUGGUCGAUUAUCAAAUUGUAACAUUCAACGAGUGA